GCAGAGCAACACUCAGACCCCCCUCUCUCCGCAUCCUCCCCCUCAGGUGAGUCUGGACUUACCUGUCAAGUUGUAAGCGAGCCGCAGAGACACGCGCCAGGCAGCUACAGCAGCGCGCGGGGGGAGAGACACGCGGCCAAACGCACGCGGGAUUUGUUUUCGUGGCUGCGUAAAAGGCGCGCUGGUGAGGGGAAGGAAAGAGGUUCACACCGGGGGAGAGAGACUGCAAUUCAGCACGAGGAGCAGGAGGGAUGCGACAUGCCCCCCCAGCUUUAAAAAGAGAGUCCCUCCCCACUGGCUCUCUCUCUGGCGCGCGCGCAUGAAGGUAAGCGCCAUGCAGCCAAACUUCUCCUUCACGGCUGGUCUCGAGUCUCCAGGCGACGCAGAGGAGUGAGAACUCCGGCUUUAAGAGACCCUGCUCCUCAGGGAGGCGCGGACACCUCCAGGAAAACAUCUCAAACGUGUUUUUUUUUUCUCGGUGGGGGGGUCUGUUCAUGGCAGUCGCGCGCCCUCUGCCUCGGGUGCUGCGCCCUUUGCUGGCGCGCAAAGCCUCGUGCCCCCACAGACGAAGCCGCCCAGCUGUUCGGACUCUGCAAGAGGAUCUGCAAUCUGCUGUCAACAUCUGGAGUUAGUUCUGCUCUUACAGCAACUUCUACUGGUCCUCCUCUUCCUCCUCCUCAUCAUCACCUCUCCAGGAUUAUUCCAGCAUCUGGUUCCGUUGGUUCCAUCUCUGUGCUCCUCAUCAGCUGGAUGGAUGGAUGAAGAUCAGUGAGGAAGCAGCUGGCAGGUUAGCUGGUGACGGAGGAGCCUGAUCCUCUGUGAGGCUGCCAGCGAGCCGUGAGCCGUGCGGUUCAGAGAUCCCUGCGCUGCAGUCUCAGCAGCACUCCGGCGGUUUCCUGUUUAAUUAAAGCGGAGAGAACUUUCUCUGACUACAAAGAAGAAUUCAGUUAAAAAGACACUUUGCUUAAGGUUCCUCUUUGUUGUCGCUGAAGGAUCUAUGAGGUUUGUUCAAACAGAAUGGAGAUCAGCUGAGGAGGGGACGCCUGGCCUGAAUAACUGCCUCUGUCUGAAGACAUAAAACUGAGUUAUAAAGGCUCCUACUUGGAUUAUUGGUGGAAGACAUUGUUCUCUAACUGCUCCUCUGCGGCCUCCUUCUUGUUCUGGAUUCUCUUCUCCGGCUUGACCUCCUCGUAUCUUCUUGUUUCUGGACGGAACAUGCCAGAACUGAGCUCUGAAUUAAAAUAAAGCAGAGGAAGGAGUGACAGAGCUGGGGAGGAAGGAGUCUGAAGGGCAGAUGGCUCUGAAACACUAACAUCUGGAUGAAUAAAACAUGUGAGCAGAGGGGGGUCGUGACAUCUGGAUGAGAAAUGAAUGACUCUUUUUCCACUUCUCCUUCCUGGUUUCUCAUCUUGCUCUGCUCUUGAGGACUAACAUCUGUGUUGGGUUCCCCCUCAUGUUUUUGCCCCUGUGGAGUUCUGAUCACACAGAAACCAGCGUCUUUGCCCCCCUCCCUCGUCGUGCUCCGUCUGUGUGAUGGUGCACCCCCUCCUCUCGGUCCAGGAGACAUGCCUGUGCUGGAGAUGGCAGUGAGUCCUGUGAAGUCCCUGCAGUGGGAGCAGUUCCCCCCCAUGUCGCAGUGCCGCGUCUACUGCACCACCGUCCACCACGAAGACUCGCUGUAUGUGGUGGGGGGCUGCAGCGAGACCGGCAUGCCCCUGGACAGCGUUGAGGUUCUGGACGUGGAGAGCCAGACGUGGAGCCAGCUUCCGCCUCUGCCCAGAGCGCGGGCGGGGGCUUCGGCUGUGGUGCUGGGGGGCCAGGUGAUGGUGCUGGGGGGCAUGAAUCAGCAGCAGACACCUCUGGCUUCUGUGGAAAUGUACCACCCCGACGAGGGAAAGUGGGAGACGAAGGCCAGUCUGGGCCAGCCGUCCAUGGGGGUCACGGCGGUGGAGAAAGAUGGGAAGGUGUAUGCGUUGGGGGGAAUGGGAGCCGACACGGCCCCCCAGGCCCUGGUCAGGCUUUACGAUGCAGAGAAGGACCAAUGGCAGCCGCUUGCCUCCAUGCCCACCCCCCGAUACGGAGCCACGCCCUUCUUGAUAGGAAACCGAAUCUACCUGCUGGGCGGCCGUCAGGGGAAGCUGCCGGUGACGGCGCUGGAGGCGUUGGACCUGGAGGUGAGGAGCUGGACGCGGUACCCCUGCAUCCCCAGCAGGAGGGCCUUCUCCUGCUGCGCCACCAAUGGGCGGAGCCUCUUCAGCCUGGGGGGGCUCCAGCAGCCGGGGCCCCACAACUUCUACUCCCGGCCUCACUUUGUCAACACCAUGGAGGAGUACGACCUGGACCAAGGAGUUUGGAUCAAACCCAGCCGAACGUCACGGAUGAAGGAGAAGAGGGCCGACUUCGUGGCCGGGAGUCUGGGAGGAAGACUGGUGGUGUUUGGUGGUCUGGGUAACGAGCCGUCGCCGUUGGGCUCGGUGGAAAGCUACGACCCGGUGAAGCGGCGCUGGGAGUACCUGCCGCCCAUGCCCACCGCCCGCUGCUCCCCUGCUCUGCAGCAGACUCCCAGCAUGCUCUUUGUCAUUGGAGGAGUGUCCCAAGGACCCAGCAAUGCUGUGGAAGCCCUCUGCCUGCAGGAAACCGUGUGACACGUGCACACAGGAAUACUGUUUGAGCAGAAACUCUUUUAACGAACUGACGGAUUCCUCCAGCGCGCCGAAGACUUUUGUAACUUUAACAAGCAUUUCUCAGCAGGAGCUGCCGUCCAGAUCAGCUGCUGUGACGAGGACGGAGAACAAACACUUUUUUACUGCGGGAAAACCGGAGGAAGAUGAAGAUGUUUGCAAAAACAAAAAGUAGACAGAUUUAAUCUGAACAAACAACACGCCUUUGAACUGUUGAGCUUUUUUCAGCUUCAAAGCAGGGUACUUUUGUGGAUCUUACAGGAACACAGGGCCAUAUCUGAUCUUCUCUUUCUGGCUGCGUAGCUUUCUUUGUCCGCGGCGGCGGUGGCGGCGACACCUUCACACACUUUUCUACUGACUGAGAACUUUAAUGCAGGAGAGCUGGAAGUCUGUCUGAGAAAACAUGUGAUGAGGCACAGCAGUAACAUUUUUUUUUUUUUUAAACGACAGAGUCAACAUGAACAAAACACCAUUUUCAGUUGUGGAAAGGCUGAUGAUUGUGUUUUGUAUCAGAUCUCUGCGCGUUGUUUUGUGCUCAGUUUGGAUUAUCUUUACACAAAGAAACCAUAUUUUUAAUAAUUGUUUUUUCCCACAAUUUCUUUCAUUUUCCUCUGAAUCUUGCAUUUACACUCUCCUCUCCAUAGGGGGCGCUGCACCCAAACACCCCUACUUUUUAAAAAGGAAAUGGCUUUCUGUUGGUUCUUGUUGCUUUCCUUUGUGUUUUUGUAGAUUAGCUAACUGCAGAUGCUACCAUCCACUACUGCAGAGUCAGUAACCGCCAUCAUCCAAACAUCACAGCCACCACGGCGGUUCCUCCGCUGAAGCUGUCAGAUCUGCCCAUCCGGGCUUUCCAACAAUCAACCUCUGCGCUCAGACUUCACUCAUCAGCGCGGCGUUCAUGACGCACGGGGAGUGAAUGUAAAGUUAUUUGCUGCACUGAAGCAUCAGGAAAAGUUUACUUCCAGGAUAUUUUUUUCUCAACUGAAGCCCGCUGGAAUGUUGUCCUGCUAAGUUCAAUCACCACCAAAAGAUUUAGACACCAUGAUCCCUCUGACCUCAGGAUGGCUAAACAAUGCUAGAUGUACACAUUGUUAAAUACACUAAAGGAGGGUUUGGAGGAGGACAGACCAAUAGAUAUGAAUUAGUGUAAAAACUGUGCUAAUAAGGCUAAAUCAGUGGUUCCGAACCUCCGGGCCACGGACCGGUACCAAUCUGAGGGAGAAAAUAAAACUUUACUUACAGUUAUUGUUUUACUUCAACUGUGAUUCUGAAGGAAGUUUUAUUUUGAAAAACUACUGGAUUCUUCUCAACACAUCCAACUUAUUCCUGACACAUCCACUACUGUCUUAAACCGCGGCGCCGACCACGAAAUUGAAACCAAAGUUUAUAAAAAGCAAACAAAAAAAAAGAAAUUGGAAAAUGUCUUCUGGCAGAAAACUUCGAAAUAAAAUCAAUCUGCAUUUAACAGACAAAACAAGGAAUCUUUACUCCAAAUAUGAAUUUAUUUUGACAGUUGUUCCAACAGACCAUAAUAAUAAUAAUAAUAAUAAUAAUAAUAAUAAUAAUAAUAAUAAUAAUAAUGCAGAAUAUUCAGUAACCAGCUGUUUAACACAAGGAUGCUGCUAAUAAAGUUCUUUAAGUUUUAAUUAUAUUUAGAACAUACACAAUUUAUUGGCUCAUUUAAAAAUAUUUUUGUCGCACCUUAAAAAUUGGACAAGACUGAAGUUAGCAUCUGAUUUUUUAUGUUGUACUCUGAUAUAUCAGCGAAAAUCUAAAUCUCAUUUGAAUGGUUUCUACACAAAAUUUAGUGUACAAAUAAAUUUCAGUUAAAAAUAUUUUACAGAUGAUGAAAAUAAAGGUUACACAAAAGUAAAGGAAAACUGGAAUAAAAAAAAAA